UUUUUUCGACAUUCAUAAAUAAAUAUAUUGUUUCAAUCGGUUUGGUGCAUCUAACCUUAAAAACAGAAAAAAAGUAAAUACUAUCAUUGUUUAAAUUAUUUACGGUUUGUUUCUGAGCUUGAAAAGGACCUUAAUUGGAUAAAAUGACUUGGGGUGAUGCUUUACACUAUCUAGCCAUAGGAAAUCCUAUUAGUCAAGCACUUGUCACAACAACAUCGGCUGUUUUAAAAGAAUCUGGCAUAAAACCAAAGCAACAAAGUUUACCAUUACCUCCAGCGAAACCUUUAAAGUUGUGGGAAAUUGCUGGUGUUGGGUAUAAUUUCGUUCGAUUGGCUGGAUUAAGCGGCACUGCUGCAGUUAUAAUGGGUGCAUAUGCAAAGCAUUGUCUGAGUAACAUUAGUGAUCCAAGUGUUAAAAUGGAAGCCAAAAAUGUGUUCGAUACAGCUAAUCGUUUUCAUUUCUUGCAUUCGAUUGUUCUAUUAGCCACGCCUCUAACACGUCGGCCUGUUUUGACUGGUUCUCUAAUGGCAGCUGGUACUUUUCUAUUUAGUGGGCCCAUGUAUUAUCGAGCAUUGACUGGCGAUAAAACUUACAUACAAGUGGCCACGUGUGGCGGCUUUUGUUUAAUAGCUGCCUGGUUAUCAUUAAUUUUCUAAACAGAAAAAUUUAAUUAUAAAAUUAAUUUAUCUUGUUAUGAAUAUUAUGUAGAAUAAUCGAACAUUUCUUUAACAAUAUGUUCAGCAAAACAAAAAAAAAAGUAGAAAAAAAUGUAAACAAAAACUUUAUUCGCUAACUUUGCCAUCCACCAGAUAAGGUAAAUAUUAUAUAUAUGUAAAAUUUAGGUUUUUUUUUGUUUUUUUUUUUUCUUUUAUUAACUGCAAUAUCUAAAUGAUUUCAAGAAGUAGUCGUUCCGAACAGCAGUAUUUUGGUGUCUUAUAGAGUGUGUAAAUAAUUUCUCCACUAAUUUAUAUCGAAAGGUCAAUUGCGAGCGGAACGGAAGUGGAACGGAAGUGUGAUCCAGGUCAUCAAAAUCUAAUGUAAGCGCAAUUUUUGAAGCAUACGCUUAUCCGUAUUUGAUAAAUUGGGCUAAGCCGCCUUUUAGCUUACAUGCGCAGGAUUGCAAGGAACCAAAUGCAUGCAAUUGUAUGCAAUAGAAAAGCAAACCAAAGGUUACUUUUUGGUGUAAACACUAUAUCCUGACUUAUGUUGAACGUAUUCAUGGAAGCAACACUCACAACUUAGUCAGCUUGCAGUUAUACUAGAUCAGCAAAUCAAAACAUAUUCACAAUGUUACUUCUGGUAUAAACACUAUAUUCUGACUCAUAUUGGACAUCUUCAUCAAAGCGACACUUCAACUUAAUCUGAUGAUUAAUUAUGAUUAAUUAAAACAUCGAUUGAAUCAAUAUUUAUAAAGAUAUGCAGCAAACGGUAACAUGCAUACAAUUUUAUAUUUAUUAUAAAAACAUUUCACCCUAAUCCAAACUCUAAUAUGUGGUCUAAGCCACACUUUUUAGGUAACUAGCAUGCAUAUGGUGUCUACGCUGUAAGCAAUAAUAAGCUACAGUUAAUUACAAGCAAUUGUGUUGCCUAAACUUAUCUACUAAAAGGGAUAAAGAUCAGGGUAUAGUGUUUAUAAACAAUGAAGUAUAUUGUAUAUAGACUUCGCCAUGUUUUAAAUGUCAUAAGUUAUUAUUAGCAAUAUAAAGAAAAUAUUUCGAUUUGUUUCUAACGAUUGUUUUCCAAUAUUUAAAUUGUUGUGGGCGUGUCACAUUAAUAUUUGGUAUUCUAAUAAGAGACAAACUGAAAGAAUAAGUUCACUGCAGGAGUUUAUCAACUAAAAGUAGUAAUAGGUAAACACGUUGAUGCUUAUUUUAAAAUUAGUGAGUGCUCCCAAAAAUACUCUUCUUUUUUUUUUUUUUUUGUAUUGUUUUAUAAUACUAAAUUAUAGGACUGCUAUAGACGUCGUGUGAACGCCUAUAAACGUCAUUUAUGGCGACGAGUAAAUAUAUAUUCCUUGGCGGUGGAUAUAUAAACAGAAUGCCAUAUCUUUUUACAAUACUUCAUUGAUAGCCUGAUUGUUUUUGUCUUAUUUAACAUAAAUUGGAUCUAAGUGCGGGUAAAGAGAGAAGUGCAUAUUUUUACGAAACGUUUAGAAUAUUUUCAGGAUUUUUAACUAUUUUAAUGAUUUUUUUUUUUUUUGUUUUUAGUUUGUUUUACUAAGUCCUCUAAUCAUAAUUUAUUAUUAUAAGGAAUCAUUUUUGAUAUUAUUCCAAUAAAAUUUACCAAACUAAUAUAUUUGAUAUUUCAGUUUCAGUAGCAAACUAAUCACUAAUUACACAUAAUGAUCCUUGAUAGUAAGAUAUCUCUCAAAUACAUUACAAUCUUUAUAUAAAACAUUGCAAUAAAAUAAUAAGAAGAACA